UAGCAGCCAAAGGCAACAUGGCGGCGGCGCUGAGUUCCAUUGCUGAUUUCCCAGCGCGAAGGUCAGAGCCGGAUCCAAAACACAUCAUUUAACCGCGGACAAAUCCCUCCAAUCCCCGCACUUGGAUUCCCUGGUCACACGACUUUCCAGGCGGCUGUGUGGAGGGCGGGAAGGGAAGUGCUAGUUCACGUGCAGAUGCCAUCAGGCAGCCAUGACUUCAUCCUGGAGCUGCUGACCUUUGCCUCUCUUCAUUGAUUGAGCCGUUUCGUCACACUGACAGUGAAGCUUAUGAUGCCUGAAGGUUCUCUCUGGUUGCUCUGCUACAGGAAUGGCCUGAGGCUGCAUCUCCACUGAAGCAGAGUUGCUGAUAUGUGUUGAAAAUGAGUGGUGUAGGAGAGAACUCGUCAGACCCUGCUAGGGUGGAGUCUCAGAAACGCAAAGAAUGCUCCUCAGAUCUGCUGGGCCCCAGCCCGAAGCGGAGCACGGAGAAACGAAACCGGGAGCAUGAAAAUAAAUACAUCGAGGAGCUCGCCGAGCUGAUCUUCGCCAAUUUUAACGACAUUGACAACUUCAAUGUCAAGCCUGAUAAAUGUGCAAUCCUUAAAGAAACUGUGAAGCAGAUUCGUCAGAUAAAGGAGCAAGAAAAAGCUGCUGCAGCCAAUGAGGAGGAGGUUCAGAAGGCAGAUGUUUCAUCAACAGGCCAAAGUGUUAUUGACAAAGAUACCCUUGGACCAAUGAUGCUGGAGGCCUUGGACGGCUUCUUCUUUGUGGUGAAUAUGGAGGGUAAUAUUGUGUUUGUGUCUGAGAAUGUGUCUCAGUAUCUGCGCUAUAAUCAGGAGGAGCUGAUGAACACCAGUGUUUACAGCAUACUGCAUGUAGGAGACCAUGCCGAGUUCAUCAAAAACCUGCUCCCCAAAUCACUGGUGAAUGGUGUGCCGUGGUCCAGUGAGAACCCACGGAGGAACAGCCACACUUUCAACUGCCGCAUGCUGGUGAACCCCCACAGUGAGCCGGAGGAGGAGGCACAGGAACAGGAGGUGCAGCAGAAAUACGAAACCAUGCAGUGUUUCGCUGUUUCUGAGCCAAAGUCCAUCAGAGAGGAGGGAGAGGACCUGCAGUCCUGUCUGAUCUGUGUAGCACGGAGAGUUCCUAUGAAAGAGCGGCCGAUGCUCCCCACUCACGAAAGCUUCACCACACGGCAAGAUCUCCAAGGGAAGAUCACCUCUCUGGACACCAGUCUGCUGCGGGCGUCAAUGAAGCCGGGCUGGGAAGACUUGGUGAGGAGGUGUAUUCAGCGCUUUCACCUGCAGAACGAUGGAGAUAUGAGCUACGCCAAACGGCACCAGCAGGAAGUUCUGAGACACGGUCAGGCCUUCAGUCCAGUUUAUCGGUUCUCUCUGUCUGAUGGAACCAUCGUCUCCGCUCACACUCGCAGCAAACUGGUCCGAUCACCGGCCACCAACGAGCCGCAGCUUUACAUGUCCCUACACAUUCUGCAGAGGGAGCAGACUGUAUGUGGCAUGAACCCUGAGCUUGGCACUGCCCAGCCUAUGGGCAAACUUGUGAAUCCGGUGACCUCCAUGACCUCUCCUAACCCAGCCGGUUCCUCACAAGGUCAGGACAACACCAUCAGCAGCAACUCCUCCACCUUCCCCUCUGCUGGAGCUCCUAAAGAUCCGGCGGCCAUGAACGCUAUGCAGGGUUACCGCUUCGGCUGCCCUGGCACAAUGGGCCAUGCUGCACCUAUGCAGGGUUCCACGCCUCAGGGCAGCGGGUACCCUCUGAAAAUGAGCAGCCCAUCUCAGGGUAGUCCUGGUAUGCUUUCUCCAAGGCACCGAGCAAGUCCAGGCAUAGCAGGAUCUCCUCGAUUGCCUCCCACUCAGUUUUCACCUGCUAGUGCCCUCCAUUCGCCUGUGCCCAUGUGCAGCAGCAGCAGUGGCGGCAAUGUGGGUGGCACCCAUGGUUAUACUAGCAGCUCCCUCAAUGCCCUCCAGGCACUCAGCGAAUGCCAUAGCAUCAGCCUGGGCCAGGCUCUCGGCUCACCAGACAGGAAGUUGGCAUCUCCAGCUAACUCAGGAGGGGUCAACCCUCACCUUCUGCACAAGCUAGGCAGCUCGGAGUCACUCGGUGAGCAAGCGCAAGCGGAACACGGGGGGAACAUACAGGGAGAUGACAAUGAAGAGCAAAGAGACGACAAAAUCAACCCUGAUUCUGGGGAUUCGCAGAACAGGGUACAUGACAAAGGCCACACUAAGCUCCUCCAGCUUCUGACCACUAGAACAGAACCCAUAGAUUCUGCCUCUCCACCUCCAGUCGCCAGAGGAGAACCCGGAUGCAAGGAACCACCUGGAGGUCCAGGAUCACAGUCCGGAGCUUCAGCCACCCACGCCACCUCCCUGAAGGAGAAGCACAAGAUACUCCACCGGCUCCUCCAGAACAGCACAUCUCCAGUGGAUCUGGCCCAGCUCACAGCUGAAGCUACAGGGAAGGAGCUGUGCCAAGAUGGCACAGGAGGAGGAGGCAACGUGGCAGAACAUGUUACCAAACAGGAUCCAGUUAGUCCUAAGAAGAAGGACAAUGCCCUGCUGCGCUACCUGCUGGACAAAGAUGAUAACACACUGAAGGAUAAAAAUGUGAAGCUAGGUCCGGGUGAGACCAAGACGGAGGGGGCUAAAAUGGUGCAGGUGGAGAAACCAGAUGGAGGAUAUGAGCAGUCAAGUGAGCUGGAUGAUAUUCUGGAUGACCUGAACAGUCAGCCCAGCCUGUUCUCUGAGAGCCGGCCCGUCUCUCUGCCUGCUGCGGUGGACAAGCAGUCCAUCAUCAAUGACAUCCUGCAGAUCACCGGGGAAGGUGGAGCCCAGCAACAGCAGAGAGUCAUGCAGACCAUCGGACAGCAGAAUUUCAGCGGUCCAAGGCAUCCCGGUAGGACCCCUCCUGUGCGGAGUGUUUCUCUGGAAAUGAAUGUGCCCACUAAAGGUGCUCCAGGUCAGUACCCCAUGAUGCGGAACACCAGCCCAUAUUCGAUGAUGCAGCAGCAGGGCAUGCUGGGAAACCAGGGGGUCAUGCCAAAUCAGACCAACAUGGCAGUAAUGGCCAGUGCUGGUGGUCGAGCAGGUCUACAGCAGGAAGUUUGGGUGUCUCAGGGGUCUGCAGCAGUCAGCAGUUCUGGUUCUUCAGCUGUUCCCUCCACUCAGCCACUCCAGCAGGGGGCAAUGCAAGGCUGCAUGGGCCAGAAUACUGGGCCCAACAUGGCCAUGAGAGGCAGUGGGCAGCCGGGGCCCAGAGCCAUGCUGCAGAGUCAGAUGAUGCCCAAUGCCCAGGCGAACUUGGACAUGAGCAUGCCAGGCCCCCCGUUUCCCCAGCAACAGCAGCAGGCUCCACCCAAUCAGACGGCUCCGUGGCCGGACAGCAUGAUGCCCAUAGAGCCACUGCCCUUUGGGAACCAGAGCAGGCCUGUGUACAGUACCCCUCAGGAGGACAUUCUGUGUCCAGCUGAAGGUCCAGCUGAUGAAGGGACGCUGCUUAAUCAGCUCUACACGGCGCUGAAAGACUUUGAUGGUCUUGAGGAGAUUGACCGAGCUCUGGGCAUUCCUGCAUUAGUGGGACAGGGUGGUCCUGUAGAGCCUGAUCAGUUCCCUGGUCAGGAUCCAAGCCUGCUGAUGGAUCAGAAGCCCCCCAUAUUCAGCCAGCAGCAGUAUGGCCCCCCGCAGCCCCACAUGGCUCAGGGUGGUUACCCUCCUCUUCAGGACCCUGCUGGAUUCCACAGCAUGCCUGGAACCCUGGGACAGCGACCUGGAUUCCCCAUGAUGCGCAUGCCACCCCGACAGGGCCUGCGGCCCACUGGGGUCAGCCCUAACCAACCAAAUGCACUCAGACUGCAGCUACAGCACCGGCUACAGGCACAGCAGAAUCGUCAGCCGAUGAUGAAUCAGAUGAGUGGAGUGUCGAACAUGAACCUACCUCUAAGACCUAAUGUUCCGAAUCAGGGGACCAUAAACGCUCAGAUGUUGGCUCAGCGGCAGCGGGAGCUGCUCAGUAAUCAUCUGCGUCAACGGCAGCUGGACCAACAGCGUCUGCAGCAUCAGCAGCAGCAUCCGCAGCAUCCACAGCAGCAGCGUAGCAUGGCAAUGCGUACCCCUGGCCUCAACAUGCCUCCCAACCUGCCAGCCGGCGCCGCGGGUCUACCCGGGGCGCUAAGUAACCCCCGGAUCCCACAGUCCAGUGGCCAACAGUUCCCCUACACGCCCAGCUACGGUACCGGCCUGGCCUCUCCUCCGCCCUCUACCAGCCCCUUCUCCCCUGCGUCCCCCAACCUGCCCGUCCCCCAGCUCCUGCCCCACGCCCCCCUGCAUGGCUCCCAGAUGACUCUCGCUAACCAGGGGAUUCUGGGCAGCGUGGGUGGACAGUUUGGGCCUGUUAUGAGCCCCCAAAUGCAGCACAGUGCCUUUCAGUUUCCCAGUCCAGGAAUGAGUCAGCAGCCUGAUGGAGGUUUCGGAGGUGCUGCGACCCCCCAGAGCCCCCUCAUGUCCCCCAGAAUGGGCCACGCCCAAAGUCCCAUGAUGCAGCAGGCCCCAGGCAAUGCCACCUUUCAGUCAUCCCCAGAUAUGAACGGCUGGACGCAGGGCAACAUGAACACCAACAGCAUGUUCCCGCAGCAGUCUCCACCGCAGUUUGCUCAGCAGUCUAACGGCUACAACGGCAGCGGGAUGAACCUGAACGUCUCCAUGGCUCCCAACUCCAGCAGCAUGAACAACAUGGCCCCCAACUCAAACAGCAUGAGCAGUAUGAGUCAGAUGGGCAGCCAGAUGAGCUCAGGGCCCGCAGGCAGCAUGGCCAACAUGGGGCCAGAACAGAAGUACUGUUGACUCACAAGUGGACGUUGACUUGGCCUGCAGCGAUCGAGCGAUUUCCAGCAGCAGUCUGACCCACAGGGGCCGAACCUGCCCAGCCCUCUCAGAUGCUCCUGUAGGGGACCCUCCGGCACCGGAAACGCUCUGCUGCCCCCUGCUGGAGAACACAGGACAAACAGGAACAGUUGGGGGAAGGGGGAGGGCUUUAGCUCUGAGAGGGGCUUUACACACUGAUCUUUAGGACCUUGAGUGCCCCAACAUCCCUCCCAUUCCCUCCCUGCUCAAAGCCACGGACCCCUGAUUCUCUCACAGAUGUGCGCUGAACUCCCCCAUCAGUCUGUAUCGCAUUCACCGUAGUGUGACUUAGAUCUCCCCCAACACAGAACUGAAAUGGUGGAAUCGGGAUCCGAUCCCAUGAAUGUAUUCCCAUCUCUCUCCUUCUGUCUCUCUUUAUUUCUCUCUGUCUCUCUCUAUCUCUCUCUAUAUAUCUCUCUCUUUAUCUCUCUGGACUUAAAAGCCACACAGACUCCUCCUCUGUUCCUGGACUCUCCUCUCUUCUCUGUCCACUUUCUGACGUUCCAAAACAGGCGAAGGAAGACGACACUCGACGUUUAGCCAUUUUGCCUUUUUUUUUUUUUUUUUUAUCUUUUUGUUUUAUUUUCGGGAUGAAAAUAAAGAUAAAGAAUAAAAAAAAAAACCAAACAAAAAAAUGAAAUGGCUUCUGAGGACAGAUAAACGGUUUGUAAAAUUUAGACUUAAUUUAGAUCAGAGAUUUAUUGUGUGCUAUAUGAAAAUUUUAUUCUUAUGUAUAGUUUAUUUUUUGUCUCUAUUGAGGUAGCGAUGAGAAAGUAAUCACUCUGAGGUGACGUGAGUUCGGAGUGACUGCGUUCGACUGUAUCACUGAUUUGGGUUUUAUUUUGUUCUUUUCUUCUGUUUUUGGUCCUGUAGUUUCAGAUUCUGAAAUGAUUUUUAGGUUUUUUUUCUCUUGUGCUUAGCAAAUAGAUUGUACAUACCAAUAACAAAAAAAAGAAAACGAUGUUUCGUAUGAUAUUUAUUUUUGAUUUUCCCCUCCAGCUUCUUGAACGAGAAUGGUGUGAAUUUUGUUAAAUUUUGAGUGAUUUUUUUUUUUCUGGUACUAAAGCGUGUAAAUGUUCAGCUAAACGCUUCUAAGCCUUUAAAACUCGAACCCGACAGCCAUAAAUCUGAGUGUUUUGAUGCCGGCUGCUUCGGUGACAUCCAGAACCCGAUGCGGUGUUUAGAAAAGACAAGCAAUAACUAUUAAUAACUUGAUAAUGUUGCUUUUCUGUUUGUUUUGUAAUUUUUGUACAGUUUGCUUUCUCCGGAUGCAGAUUUUUCCCUCUAGAUUUCAAACCCAGUAUUAAAGACAGAGUUUUUUAAUUAUGGUUUAUAUUUUUUGGGGGGGGGCAAUAAAUAAAAACAUGAUGUCCAAAUCAGUACGUUCCUCAGCGACGGGUGGAGUUUGGAGGUUUGGACGGCUGUUUUUCUGAUUUUAUUUGGUUUAUCUCCAUCACUACAGAUUUUAUCUCUCAAACUGUAUUUCUCACACAGAUCAUUGAUCGUCUAUUGAUGUAUUGAUUGAUUGAACUGUUUGGGCCAGGCUGAAAUGAAAAACUGUUUUUUCCUGCUGACAGGGGGCAGCAUUGGGCUUCUAGAAGGUUUUCAGUAAGAAUAUCAUGUUGGUAAUUUCAGUAACACUUUAUUUGCAGGCUAUUUACACAGAGUACUUUAUAACACAUGCAUAAGCAUUGAAUAACAUUAAAAAGUGAAUAUGAACAGCUUAUGCUUGUAAUUGCAAGGUGACAGGAUAUGCUGACAUAAAGACCCUUAUAUAUGACACAGAGGCACAUUUGUACCAUUUAUAACACUGUUAUGAAGCAUCAUUCGUACUAAGUAAUGAUGUAAUAAGAGCAGAAGUCUAAAUAACAAUGGUUUAUAAAUGGAGUAGAUGUCGUCAUUUUGGUUUAAGUGUGAAUCCCAUGAUAUUAAGUCCAUAAAACCUUGUGUGUCUCUUGUGCUGUUCAUAAAUUCUGUUGCUUGUGAGGUGCAUUAACAGUUCUGCAUGUUAUAAAGCUCUUGUGUAAAUAGCUUUUUAAGUUUUAAGUGUAAUAAACUAGCUGUGCUAUAAUCUCAAUCUGAAUGGACUCAUCUCCAGCUUUUACUGUUAAAACUAUGUAAAUUAUUAUAAUCCAUUAUUCUGAUUGAAUUGGGGUGGAUUUUUUUGGGCUCCGACCUUCAUUCAUCACCACUUAUUCGCUGAACAUUCACUGUUUGGCUUGAACGAUUAGAAACUCUGAUCAUUUUCUGUCUGUGAAGCUGCAGUGGCUCUUCCAGAGCGUUUACACAGGCAGAUUAUUUGAUAAUUAUUUAUUUUCAAAAUGUCACUUCUUUUAGCCGCAAACCUCUUGCAGCAGUGUCCAGUCCAAGGGCUGGUCAGGAGACGUGAGUGUGCAUCAGGACCCUUGGCAAAAACCCAAAGAUUGUCACAGUUUUUAAAUAAAUAAGCCAUGAAGUGAA